CGCGUCCACUAGUUUUUCAACCUCGACUGCAUCAACCCAUCUCUUACCGUUGGUCGACAAUUUCAUCCAGGGUUAGGUGAAAACAUCCUCAAAUCAUGGCUUCCCUCGACGACUACGACGAAUUCGGUAAUUACAUUGGUGCUGACCUUGAUUCCGACGAUGAAGAAGUCCCUACCAACACGUUCAUACCCCAGCAGCCUACUGGCGGUGCACCAGCACCUUUAGAGGGUUUUGAGGAUGAGCCGAUGCAAGAAGAAGUACCAGAGGGUGCUCUUAUGGAAAUUGAUAGUGAAGGUCCUCCCCACGGCGGCUUUACUCUCGAAUAUCUACAGAACCUGUCAAUCGUGCGGUCAUUUUGCAUGAAGACAAACAGUAUUACCCCUCGGCUCAAGACGUGUACGGCGCGGACGUUGAGACGCUGGUACAGGAAGAAGAUGCGCAACCACUCUCUGAGCCCAUAAUCGCGCCCAUUAAAGUACGAAAAUGGACUGUCGAGGAGAAGGAUAUGCCUGAGACACGGUUCGAUAAAGGGUUCCUGCUUGACAUGGCAGCGUUCCCCGAGAUGAUUCGUAACGUUGCUGUCGUCGGACAUCUACAUCACGGCAAGACUGCUUUGAUGGACAUGCUGGUUUUUGAGACACAUAAGCUCAUAUGGGACUCGGACAAACCGACGAGAUACACAGACACGCACGUUUUAUCUCGAGAACGACAGAUUUCCAUCAAAUCUUCGCCCAUGUCCCUCAUAUUAUCGACAACCAAGGGAAAGUCGCACCUUAUACACCUUAUUGAUACACCCGGUCAUAUCAACUUUGUGGAUGAAGUUGCCUCUGCCAUACGGCUGGUAGAUGGUAUUGUCUUGGUUGUGGAUGUCAUCGAAGGGAUGAUGGUUGGAACUGAACACAUCAUCAGACACGCUCUCCAGGAAAACGUGAAAAUCACUCUCGUUGUGAACAAAAUUGACCGCCUCAUUUUGGAAUUGAGAAUAAAACCUGCAGACGCUUAUUACAAAAUCAAGCACACGAUAGAAGAAAUUAACACUUUCAUCAGUGGCAUUGACCCAGAUCCUGGACUUCGUCUCAGUCCCGAAAACGGAAACGUUGCAUUUGCCAGCACAGACAUGAACUGGUGCUUCACCCUCACCUCUUUCGCCCAGAUGUAUGCCGACUCCUUUAGAACGAAAGUUGAUGUGCCUUCGUUUGCAGCGCGUCUCUGGGGUGAUGUCUAUUUCGACGAUUCCACGCGCAAGUUUACCCGAAAACCUGCCGACGCAGAACACAAUCGCUCUUUCGUGCACUUCAUCCUUGAACCCCUUUACAAGUUGUACUCACAAGUGCUCUCAGAGGAAACUGAAACUUUGAGGGAGACCCUUGAAGGUUUGGGCAUCAAGCUCAAGCCAGUCAUGUAUAAAAUGGACGUUAGACCUCUUUUGAAAGCUGUGUUGGACCAGUUCUUUGGGCCAGCUACUGGGUUGAUAGACGUAAUAGUCGACCACAUACCCAGCCCCGUGGAUAAUGCUGUCAACAAGAUACAAGGAACAUAUAGCGGGCCACAAACCUCCGAAUUAGCUGCUGCGAUGCAGAUGUGUGAUGCUUCGGGACCUGUGAUGGUACAAGUGGCAAAGCUGUACCAUACGACCGACGCUCAGUCUUUCAGAGCUUUUGGAAGAGUUUACAGUGGCGUCCUGAAGAAGGGAAUGGAGAUCAAGGUCCUCGGUGAGGGCUAUUCUCCUGAAGAUGAGGAGGACAUGAUGAAAGUCAUUGUAGAAGAUCUUUGGAUGAGUGAAGCUCGCUAUUUUAUUCCUGCCGAUGAAAUCCCUGCCGGCAAUCUUGUCUUGAUUGGUGGCAUUGAUGCCUCCAUAUCAAAAACUGCGACGUUAGCAUCCGUCGAUAUUCAGGAAGACCUUCACAUCUUCCGUCCCAUAAAACACAUGACGCAGUCGGUUCUAAAGAUUGCAAUCGAGCCCAUCGCGCCUUCAGAGUUGCCCAAAAUGCUUGCCGGAUUGCGUUCGAUAAAUAAGUCGUACCCUUUGGUUGCAACGAAGGUAGAGGAGAGUGGAGAGCAUGUCCUCGUGGGUACAGGCGAACUCUAUCUGGAUUGUGUCAUGCAUGACUUGAGAAGGUUGUUUUCGGAGAUUGAGAUCAAGGUUUCAGAUCCGGUCACAAAGUUCUGCGAAACGGUGUUGGAGACCAGCGCUCUUAAAUGCUAUGCAGACACGCCGAACAAAAAGAACAAAAUAACGAUGAUUGCCGAACCUCUAGAACGCGGUAUAGCAGAAGAUAUCGAGCGUGGCAGAGUGAACAUGAAGAUGUCUGCAAAGGAUAGAGGAAAGUUCUUCAAAGAAAAAUACGAGUGGGAUCUCCUGGCAUCUCGAUCAAUAUGGGCUUUCGGACCCGAUGAAAAUGGUCCAAAUGUCCUUCUCGAUGAUACUCUACCGUCCCAGAUUGACAAGAAGGUGCUGGGUACAGUAAAGGAACACAUAAAGCAAGGUUUCCAGUGGGGUGCUCGAGAAGGUCCAUUGUGCGACGAACCUAUGCGAAAUGUCAAAUUCCGCCUGCUCGACGCCAGUCUCGCUGACCAACCUAUCUUCCGAGGCGGAGGGCAGGUCGUCCCUACGGCUCGUCGCGUCUGUUAUUCAUCUUUCCUGAUGGCCACCCCUCGGCUGAUGGAGCCGAUUUACUACGUGGAAGUACAGGCUCCAGCGGAUUGUAUAUCGGCCGUUUAUACUGUCCUCGCUCGCCGGCGUGGGCAUGUCACACAAGAUAUUCCAAAAGCCGGUUCGCCGCUCUACACCGUCAAAGCGCUCAUUCCGGUUAUUGAUGCCAAUGGGUUCGAAACGGAUUUGAGAACGGCAACCCAAGGACAGGCAUUCUGUUUACAGGUUUUCGACCACUGGUCGAUUGUGCCAGGUGAUCCCACUGACACAAGUAUCAAGCUUCGACCAUUAGAACCCGCAUCAGGACAGGCUCUUGCACGAGAUUUGGUACUGAAAACUCGCCGGAGAAAAGGCUUGGGUGACCAGAUCGCAGUGUCCAAAUAUCUGGACGACGAGUUUGUGCUUGCAUUGUCGGCCUCUGGACAUGCAGAUUUAUUGAGUUAAUUUGUGUAUCUUUUACGCAUGUAUAUACUCGGUGUACAUUAUGAUUAUCCAUAAGUAAAG